UUUAUAUCUCCGAUUUGUCGAAUUUGUCACCGACGUGUAGUACAGCCGGGACGCGCUCGAGACGAGUCACGUGUCGCAUCACUUUGCCGCGUGUAGUACGAGCUUCUCUGCCGUAAGAUUGUCGCGCGCCGAAGACGACGAUAGUUUCGAGCACCGCGUUUCCGCGAUGACAACGAUGUCGCGCGUCCGCACAACGCGCCGUGAAACUCCGGACGGACGGAACGUUACUGGAAACUGGGCCCCUAUCGCUCCGCCACGCCGACGUUUCUUUUCUUCCUCUUUCCUCUACUUGCGCCGAGACACCUACACUUAGGUAUCUCACGCGUGCGUUGGGCUACAUGCGUAUCACCUGCACACACGCUUAAUGUAUGCAUAUCCUCGUGGCGAGUGACGGCGUAAGUCUGAUAAUGCGGGAAUACGACCGGGAAUAUCGCAGCUCGUUCGUACCGAUGAUGCAGCUCACACCGUCGCGAUUAUCUAUUUUUUUUUAUUUUUUAUUAUCCGGCGAAGGACACAGCGCUUUCGAUAUGAUUAUCAAGAAGACUUCGAAUGAUGGCUGCUAAUACAUUAUUGGCAGAUCUAUUCAUACACUGACGACAAAUAAAUCUAUAAAGCUGAUUUAGAGUAAGGAAGGUCAAGAGACACAGAACAGUUUAAAGCGAAUGCGUGGGAAAGAAUUAUUAAGCAUAGAGGAUCGUUGCAGUAAUAUGUAUUUAAGGAUAACAGUUCAUGAAUUUCACUGACAUGAGGGCAUUGCCACAGGAAGGAAAAAUGAUGAAGCGCCUCUUAUAAGUUUGAUUACUAUUGUAUGGAAAUGUGAGAAAUCGGUGUCACAAUUAUUGCAUCAUUAUCAACACAUGCAACUUUAAAUUUAAGAUAGGCCAGUGUAUUCAGUGCGAAGAAAAUGUCUAUAUAUUGUAUAUUUAUUAUAUUUUUGAUAUUUUAGAUAUUUCUAACGUUACUAUCAUCUAUCGAAUGACAAACUUUUCAAACAAUUCAUGCGUGUCUAUCAUGUUUAUUCUUGCAAAAGAUGCGAGUUAAUUAAGGGAUUAAUAAUCGAAAAAUUCGUUAAGUAUGUAUUACGGAAACAAUAUAAUGAACAAAAAAAAGUUAAAUAAUCGCAAUACUUAUAAAUACUCAUACAACGGAUUUUUUUGUAGAUAUAUCAACAUUAAAUUUAACAUAUAUGGAUAAUGAUUGGACUUUAGAUUUAGUAUGUAUCUGUAUGAAAUUUAGAGAUAUGUUUUAAAUGCGUAAUACGAGUAAUUUUUCGCCGAUUUGAUCUUUUAUCGCGUUUAUAUUCGUGUCACGAACAAAGGUGCUUUGAGAAUAACACGAAACUCGACGCGAUAUGGAGUGACUCAGCGUUUAUAGAUUAGUGUCAGUUGCGCGCGUACGAUAGGAAACCUUUACACCUCAACACGAAGUUAAAACAAUAUCGUUACAAAAAAUAUUCAUGUUAUUCUUAUCUAUCGUACGUUAAAAUGAUAUAACUCCUAUUUAUUAUUUAUUAUUAUUGUUAUUAUAAUUAUAAUCAUAAUUAUAAAACAGAUAUCUUUAAAUUAAUGUCUCUCCAAAUACGUAAUAUUGCAAUAAAUUAUAUUUUUUUGUAAACAUGUAUACAUACUUGUAAGUUAAAAGGAUACAUAAUUGUAUAUGUGAUAAUUAAUUAUAAAUUAACCAAUUAGACAUAAUUAUAAAGAAUUUUAAAUAAUAUUAAUAUUGUUAGUAUACUGAGUUGAAUAUAAUAUUAUUAAAAUAUUAGAUUUCUUUAGAGUUAUUUAUUUUUUGCCGACUCUUUCUUUAUUGAGAAAUAUCAUAUUUAGAAAAUCGUGUUUCCGCAGACGUGUUACGUAAACACAUGUGAAGACUAAAGUAAUAUUAUCUCUCGACUAUCGCGUAAAUACACAGUCUCUUAGCGAAGUAAACGUGUCCUGCUUUGUGUCACUUUUUCCUUCAUUCUAUUGUAACAGUACGAUUUUGUGUAGGUCCUUUACAGUCUCAACUGCUAAUACAAACCAGAUGCUAUUACCUUUUUCUUAUAUUUCACUUUCGAAGUUAUACAUUUUUGCAAGCCAACAUAAAUCUGACCUGAAAUCGUUACACACAAAAGCUAGGCACAUCAAAGUCGAACACACAAAAUAUAAGUUUUCGACAUUAACAGUUUUUAAAGACUUGUAAAAUCUAAAUAAAAAUUAGUUUACAUUAUUUUAUAAUCUUAAUUUACCUUGUUACAUAUCUCUAUAACUACGCGUAAAUAUAGUUGAAAAAUUUGGCUAAAUAAUUGUUGAGUAGAAGUGUACUUGAUUUUAUUCUGAAAAUUAUAAGAAUGUUAACUAAAAGAUUGUUUAGAUUUGACCUUCUUUUCGCCUAAUUGAUGUUCAUUUAGAAAUUAAUGUGUAAGAUCUCGAUAGAAUUUCAGUCUCAUAGAAUGGAAUCAAUUUCUGGAAUUUGAAAACUCACGCAAAUACAUUUUAUUGAAGCAUAAAAAUUUCUUUAUUAACUGAAAUAUUUAUUUAUUUAUUAGCUUACGUAUCUCUAGCCAGGAUUUCAUUAUAUAAACUAUUGAAAUAAUUUAAGCGCCUUUCUAUUGAAAUAUAAAUUCCUGUAUUCAAGGGACACGUACUAAGUCACGCGCAGAAAAUAGCAAGUUGAGUAUCUGUUUGAAAAUACUUUAGAUUAUAUCAUCUGGAUAACGGAUUAACUUUGCAGUAGAUUUAAUCAAUAAUCAGGUUUUCGAUUAUAUAAGAGUAUUUAUUUUUGUUUUAUGUCUCUUAGAAACGGAAAGAUAACAAUUUAUUUAUUUAUUAAAAAAUUGAAGACGAUAUUUAUAAAUAAAUUCGGUAUAUAUAAGAACGCAACGGUUGUGACUGUCCGAUAAUCUGAGAGACUUUGAAGAACAUUUUUGUAAUUCUAAGGAUUCUACGUAAAUAAAAAUUCUUUGAAAAAUUUAUGAGUUUAUGACUCCUUCGGAAAAAGAAGGGAAUUUGUGUAAACUUAUUUUGGUGUCCUUGGAUUAUUUGAUUCAAUGGCUCUUUCAAUUCUUUUUUUUUUAUUUCAAUGGCAAAAAUCCUUGCUAAAAUCAAGUAUAAUUGUCGGUAUGGUUGCCGCGCGCGCACACUAAGUUAAAUCAAAACAUUGAUUAUUAAUAAAAUUAUUGCAUGUACAUACGUAAAAUGUAAUAAUGAGUGGCUAUAGUAUAAUUUCGUUCUCUAUAAUAUUGACAAACAAAAGAACGGAAAGAUCCGCAGGUUAACACUCAAGCCGCUCGAAGUGCUCGAACGGCGUGAGCAGAGGGAAGGAGGAAAGAGAAGGGAAAAAGGAAGCUAACGCGCCGAGCAACACGCAUGCGUGUGAAUACUCGGUUCGCUGAUUCGUCGACAGUGGCGCGCGACGUCGAUACGUAGGCUGAUCGAGGCGACACAGGACACAGCCAGACAGAACUCGCAGUUCAUCCCAACGUGUGAGAGAUCGCUUGGCUUUUUCGCUCACACAAAGGCUGUAUUUCGAUCUUCCACACCGGUUGACGCACGCAGAUCUCGUACUCCAGGAGACGGAGAGAGGACACAAAGGAAUAUUUCGACCAAGUAUCUUUGGAAAUACACGAGGUAAAAAUGGAAGAGCAGUGGGGUGAUGAUACAUUGGACUUUUCUCAGCCGCCAGCAACUGUAUCCUCCUUUGAAGAAGGACGGGCCCCUUGCCGCGGUAAAGGACGUGGUGCAAUUAUACACAAUAACAAUGAGACAGAUUAUAGUAUAGGAGGUUACAAUAAUAGCAAACAAACAGAGUGGGAGGAAAAUUAUGAUAGUAAUACCAACAAUGAAGAUCCUGAAAAUAAUAAAUAUAAUGGCGAUCGUAGCAAUAGAUUUGGAGGACGCAACAGACAAGAUGGUGACAGACCGCGUUAUGAAAAUAACAGAGGCGACGAUGAUAGUAGGUGGCAAGGCAAUAGGAACAAUGGUAGGCGAAACAGGGAUAAUGAUGAUGGCGAAGAUAACUGUUAUGGCGGAAACGAUGGAAGCAGACCUAGGAGAGAUAGAGAUGAUAGAGGUGGACGAGGAGGAAGAGGAGGAGGCGGAAGAGGUGGUGGAAGAGGCGGUGGUAGAAACAGGGAUGAUGAUGAUAAUGAUGAGGGCUACAGUAAUUUUGAAAACAGAGGACGCAAACAAAAUGAUGAAUCUAAAGAUGAAGAACCAAAGAAGAAAGAGCAUUAUGUUCCGCCAGAAUGUCCUGAUGAUGAAGGUUACUUAUUUGGAAAUGAUGUGUCAGUGGGCAUAAACUUUAAUAAAUAUGAUGACAUCGAAGUAAAGGUAAGCGGUGAAGAUGCACCACGUCCGAUACAAUCUUUCGAGAAAUCCGGUCUCAGAGAUAUUUUGUUGGAGAAUAUUAAGAAGUCGAGUUAUACGAAGCCUACUCCUGUUCAAAAGUACGCUAUUCCAAUUAUAAUGAGCGGCCGUGAUUUAAUGGCUUGCGCGCAAACAGGUUCGGGCAAAACUGCGGCAUUUGUACUUCCUAUCUUACAUACUUUGUUAGAGAAUCCAAAAGAUUUAGUUAAAACAUCCACUUCAUGCGAACCACACGCAAUUAUUAUAUCGCCUACACGCGAGCUCACCGCGCAGAUUUAUUCACAAGUCAAGAAAUUUUCUUUGAAUUCUUUCAUACGUGUAGAGAUGGUUUAUGGAGGAACAUCAGUUAUGCAUCAAACGAAUAAGGUGCUCAACGGUUGCCACAUUUUAGUCGCAACUCCAGGCAGACUGUUAGAUUUUAUUGGACGAGGCAAGAUUAGACUUUCUUCUUUACGUUUCUUUGUGUUAGAUGAAGCUGACAGAAUGCUCGACUUGGGUUUCCUGCCCGAUAUUGAAAAGAUUAUAGAUCAUGACACAAUGAUAGCUGCAGAUGAAAAGCAAACCCUUAUGUUCUCCGCUACUUUCCCAAAUGAGAUACAAGAACUCGCAGGUAGAUUUUUGCGAAAUUAUUUAUUCCUCGCAGUUGGGAUUAUCGGUGGCGCCUGCACUGAUGUAGAACAGAACUUCUAUCAAGCAUCUGGUCAGUCCGACAAGCGAAAAUUGUUAAAAGAACUUAUAGAGAAACAGAACCAACUGGGUAAUCUAGAAGGAACUUUAGUAUUUGUCGAACAGAAAAGACACACAGACUUUAUCGCUGCUUUCUUAUCGGAAAGCAAUUAUCCAACAACCAGUAUACAUGGCGAUAGAUUACAAAGAGAACGAGAAGAAGCUCUAUCCGAGUUUAAGCGAGGAAAAAUGUUGAUUUUGGUAGCAACGGCGGUUGCCGCACGAGGCUUGGAUAUUAAAAACGUUUCACAUGUUAUUAACUUUGAUUUGCCAAAGACGAUCGACGAAUACGUUCAUAGAAUCGGACGAACUGGUCGAGUUGGAAAUCGCGGAAAAGCGACUUCAUUUUUUGAUUCAAGUUCUGAUAUGGCUCUUAGUGAUGAUUUGAUUAAAAUUUUGAAACAAGCCGGUCAGCCAGUACCUGACUGGUUAGAAUCUGGCGGCGGUGGCGGAUCCAGAUCCUUCAUGCCAGGAAAGGGUAGACGAUUUGGCGGGGAAGAUAUUAGAGGCAACAAGGAUGCGUACGGAGGUGAAUCAUAUGAUGAUGUUGGUUACGCACCUCCUACACCAGCAGAACCAGAAGAACAAUGGUAGAUUAGAUGCAUCGUGUGAGAUUCUACUUAACUUUUUUUUUUUAAUUUUAAAAUAUGAUAUUAGAGAUGUGUGCGAAUUAAAAUUUUUUGACGCCGAAUCGAAUCAAAUUGUUGAAACAUUAUUUUUAACCAAUAAUAUUAUCAUUGGGUUGAAUUUUAUUAUAUAAAAUAAAAGAUUUAUGUAAAGUAAUACUGAUUAUAUGAUAUAAAAUGAUUUUAUAUAUUUUAUCAUAUAAGUCAUAUUUUAUACAUGUUCUAUUUGUCGAUAUAAAAUAUGUAAUUCGUAUUUGAAAUUUGUAGACUCAAAAUUUUCAUUAAUUUGAAUUAUUCAAAUCGAUUCGAAUAUUAUCUGAUUUAAUUUGAUUCAAUUCGUACUCGAUAGUUUUACAUCUCUAAUCAAUGUAUUAGAGUAUAUGAGCAACGAUGACAAUUUAUUUUUGUUUCCUUAAGUUUUCUACUAUAUGAUAUCACAAAGUUCCUUACUGGUGAGAAAAAAUGUAAGAUACGUUCGAAUUUAUAUUUCUACCUCAAUCGUAAGCACAGAAUCGACAGGGUUUCAAUUAUAGUACAGGGUUUUAUUUAUAGUAAGUUUUAAAUCGUAUGAAGAAGUUUUUAGAUGAUAUACACUUACAUUAUUUCCAUUGUUGUGUAAACCAUAGGUUAUUGAAAAAAAUCAAUUUGUUUAGUGUUAAUAAUUAUGAUUAAUUUUUUUUCUUCUUUAAUGAAGAUGUUAGUCUUAAUAUGAUAUUCAUAAAUAAUUCUUUGAUAGUAGAAGUUUAAGAUAGAUUUCGUGGAAUAUAUUGCCUCAUAAAAUAUAAAAUAAUAAUUUUUCCUAUUGUAGCUUUACAUGUACUUUAUUCAUUUAUGUUAAUCUAAAGCUUCUGUGAAUGUAUUUUAUUAGCCUACAAAACAUUUAAAACUUGUGAUAACAUGAAGUAUGUUCUAAUAUAAAGUUAUAUUCUUUAUCUUGCGCGAAUCAUCGAAGUUAAAAAAAUAUUCAUGUUUUAUGAUAUUACUUCGUUACAAAAUACUGCGAUAUUUCGUUCUUUGAUCUUAUUUUUAUACGUUAUGAUAACAAAAUAUAAUAAAGUUUUAUACUUUUAUAAACAAA